UGUAGAUACUGUGUUCAUGGGCCUGUCUAACAACAUUGGUGCCAAUGCCAACGAGGAGAUUGCGUUAUAUUCGUAGUUAUAUUAGAUUUAGAAAACACAUGUAUUAUUAUUAAGCAUGGCGGUUAUUACUAAUAUCCAAGAUGUUCGUGAAAUUACUAAAAUAGAGCGUAUUGGUGCUCAUUCUCACAUCAGAGGUUUAGGACUAAAUGAUAGUUUAGAGCCUCGUAAUGUAUCUCAAGGUAUGGUUGGCCAAUUUAUGGCACGACGGGCUGCUGGUGUUAUUCUAGAGAUGAUAAAAGAUGGCAAAAUAGCAGGUCGUGCGGUUUUGUUAGCUGGACAACCUGGCACAGGAAAAACAGCUAUUGCUAUGGGAAUGGCACAAGCUCUAGGCAUAGAUACCCCUUUUACAUCAAUGGCUGGUUCUGAAAUUUAUUCUUUAGAAAUGAGUAAAACAGAAGCCUUAACUCAGGCCAUUAGAAAAUCUAUCGGAGUCAGAAUUAAAGAAGAGACAGAAAUUAUAGAAGGUGAAGUUGUGGAGAUCCAAGUCGAUAGGCCAGCAACUGGGGUUGGAGUAAAAGUUGGCAAAUUAACAUUAAAAACAACCGAGAUGGAAACAAUAUAUGAUUUAGGAAAUAAAAUGAUUGAUUGCUUAAUGAAAGAAAAAGUACAAGCUGGCGAUGUUAUAACAAUCGAUAAAGCAACAGGGAAGAUCAACAGACUCGGACGUUCCUUUACUAGAGCUCGAGAUUAUGACGCAACUGGUUCACAAACCCGUUUUGUACAAUGUCCUGAGGGUGAAUUGCAAAAGCGCAAGGAAGUUGUUCACACAGUGACUUUACAUGAAAUUGAUGUAAUAAACAGCAGAACCCAUGGAUUCCUAGCGCUGUUUUCCGGAGAUACUGGAGAAAUUAAAUCAGAGGUGCGAGAUCAAAUAAAUGCUAAAGUUGCCGAAUGGCGGGAAGAAGGCAAGGCAGAAAUUGUGCCAGGUGUACUAUUUGUCGAUGAAGUACACAUGUUGGAUAUUGAAUGUUUUUCGUUUCUUAAUCGAGCAUUGGAGAAUGAAAUGGCUCCAGUUGUGAUCAUGGCAACAAACAGAGGUAUUACGAGAAUCAGAGGCACAAAUUAUAAGAGUCCUCAUGGUAUUCCAAUUGAUUUAUUGGAUCGUUUGAUUAUUGUUCCAACAAGCCCAUAUCAAGAGAAAGAACUGAAGGAAAUUUUGAAAAUAAGAUGCGAGGAAGAAGAUUGCGAAAUGGCUGAUGAUGCCUUGACAGUGUUAACAAGAAUCGCUUUGGAAACGUCAUUAAGAUACGCGAUACAAUUAAUUACGACGGCUUCUUUAGUUAGUCGCCGAAGAAAGACUACAGAAGUCAGUAUUGAAGAUGUAAAACGUGUUUAUUCAUUGUUUAUUGAUGAAAAUAGAUCUACGCAAUUUCUCAAGGAAUAUCAAGAUGAUUUUAUGUUCAAUGAAUUCUCUGUUUCAACUGGGGAAAAUAUGGACGUUUCUCCAUAGGACAUUAAAAAAGCGCAUAAAUCGAAUUUUUUUAUUAAGUGCUAUAUAUUUUACAAUAUAAUUAACAUCUAUAAUUUACAAAGAUUAAUAAUAAAAAUUUUUAUUAAAUAUAAAAACAAUUGAAACAUCUCUUAAUAUUAUUACUCUACGAUACUUAUUAGCGCAAAUAUUGUUCAUAUAUGUUAAUUAUGUAUUAACAAAUUUAUCAAAAAUAAAUGUUUUGCAUUAUU